UUAGAUGCAUAUUUUAGAUGAUCAACGUGCCGUCUAAGAACUCCUCAGGAAAAACAUAAAAGCUCAACAGAGAAAAGCAGAGGUCCCUUCCUACUUUGUUGCAAUCGUAGUUGGUUACUAACUUGCUUCUCUUUGCUUAUCUUGUCUCUUUCAAACACUUUCAAAACCUUUAAAACAAGUCAAACGAGAAUAAUUCUGGGGAUCCUUCUGAGAGUCUUUGUUCUUUUCCCUUUUCUUUUGCCUUUUUUUGAAUUGAGAAAAGAAAGAGAGUUUUGAUUGCCUGAAAAUGAUAUGGUUUUGGGUGUUUCUUUUACUGGCUGCAAACUUAAACUUGGGUUGGGCUCACAUCAAUGGAGCAGGAGAACAUCCGCUGGCUAAAAUCAAUAUCCUCAAAGCUACUCUUGCCCUUCAUAACUCAGCUACUGUUAAAGCUCAACCGGUUCUUCUUGGUUUAAAGGGCGAGGACACUCAAUGGGUAAAUGUGGAUUUUAUGAAUCCGAAUUCAUCUGUGAAUGAUUGGGUUGGAGUCUUUUCUCCAGCAAAAUUCAACCCAUCAACCUGUCCACCGGUGAAUGAUCCAAAAGAACAGCUUCCAUAUAUCUGUUCAGCUCCUAUAAAGUACAAGUAUGCAAAUGAGUCCAGCUCAGGUUAUACAAAGACAGGCAGAGGUUCUCUGAGGUUCCAGCUUAUAAAUCAGCGAGCAGAUUUCUCCUUUGCGUUAUUUUCAGGUGGAUUAUCAGAUCCAAAAUUGGUGGCUAUAUCAAAUUUCAUAUCGUUUGCAAAUCCUAAAGCACCCUUGUAUCCACGCCUCGCUCAAGGGAAGUCUUGGAAUGAAAUGACUGUAACCUGGACAAGUGGCUAUGACAUAGACGAAGCUGAGCCAUUUGUUGAAUGGGGUAGAAAGGGAAAUUUGCAACUUCGAUCUCCAGCAGGAACUUUGACGUUUAAACAGAACAGCAUGUGUGGUUCACCUGCAAGAACAGUUGGCUGGCGUGAUCCAGGUUUCAUACAUACAAGUUUCUUGAAAAAUUUGUGGCCAAACUAUGAAUACACAUACAGGAUGGGUCACCUCUUAUCUAAUGGUUCAAUUGUCUGGAGCAAGAUAUAUUCAUUUAAAUCAUCCCCAUAUCCUGGACAAGACUCAUUACAAAGGGUCAUAAUAUUUGGCGACAUGGGUAAGGCAGAACGUGAUGGUUCAAAUGAGUAUAGCAAUUAUCAGCCUGGUUCACUCAAUACUACAGACCAACUCAUUAGGGACUUAAGCAACAUCAACAUAGUUUUCCACAUAGGAGACUUAUCAUAUUCAAAUGGAUACAUUUCACAGUGGGACCAGUUCACAGCACAGGUGGAGCCUAUAGCAUCAACUGUUCCAUACAUGAUUGCAAGUGGUAAUCAUGAACGUGAUUGGCCAAACACAGGAUCAUUUUAUGAUACGACAGAUUCAGGUGGUGAAUGUGGUGUGCCAGCAGAAACCAUAUUUUAUUUUCCUGCAGAGAACAGGGCAAAGUUUUGGUACUCCACAGAUUAUGGCUUAUUUCACUUCUGCAUAGCUGACAGUGAACAUGACUGGAGAGAAGGAUCAGAACAGUAUAGAUUUAUUGAGCAAUGCCUUGCAUCAGCAGAUAGACAUAGGCAGCCUUGGUUAAUCUUUGCAGCUCAUCGUGUCCUUGGAUAUUCCUCUGAUUACUGGUAUGGGCAGGAGGGUUCAUUUGAAGAGCCUAUGGGAAGGGAAAGUUUGCAGAAGCUUUGGCAGAAGUAUAAGGUUGACAUUGCCUUCUAUGGCCAUGUCCAUAACUAUGAAAGAACAUGCCCAAUCUACCAGAAUCAGUGCGUGAACGAAGAAAAAAAUCAUUACUCGGGCGUUGUCAAUGGAACGAUCCAUGUUGUUGUUGGUGGGGGAGGGAGCCACCUUUCAGAAUUCAGUGAAGUAACCCCAAAUUGGAGUCUUUACAGAGAUUAUGACUGGGGAUUCGUCAAGCUGACAGCGUUUAACCAAUCAUCCCUGCUAUUUGAGUAUAAGAAGAGCCGCGACGGAAAGGUUUAUGAUUCCUUCACCAUUUCAAGGGACUACAGAGAUGUCCUGGCUUGUGUGCAUGAUGGCUGCGAAGCAACCACAUUGGCAUCUUGA